CUCCUAACCCGUAACCGCUCGACGAUAAACACCAUUUGCUCACACGUUUGUCGUGCAGGGAGAACGCAGGCGACGCCUGCAUCCGCAUGACCACCACCACCACCACCGCUAAAUGCCACUGCUAACCUCCCCUACUUCUUCCACGCCAACCACCGUCUCUUCUCCUCCUUCCUCUUCAUCUUCGACUCACGACAAGAGACACGCACACAAAUCCAUAUCAAUAGGACGGCAGCAGGUUGAUUAGUCUCGGCCAGUGUCUUUGCGCGCGCGCGAAGAAGCGAGCGAGCGAGCGAGCGAGCGAGCGACAAGUCGGAGCUCCAUCGACCGGCAUGGGGCAGGAGGAGGAGGCCGUGCUCAUGCCGGCGGCCGCCGUGGUCUUCUCGUGGGAGCCACUGGUAGUCAAGGCGGCGGAAGCCCGCCGCGACGUGGCGCCGGGGAGCCCGAAGAAGGCGCCGCAGCCACCGGCGCGCCGGCUCUCCGUGCCGCCGCCGCCGGGCCGGGCAGCGGUGCCCGCGCGGGCGGCGAGGAGCCUGUCGUCGAGGGCGCGCGCCGUCCGGCCGGAGGACGACCCCUUCCUGGCCGCGUACCUGGCGUGCACCAAGAGCAGCGGCAGGAGGUCCGGGAAGGACGGCGGCGGCGCGGCGAGGGAGGAUGCCAAGGGCCGGCGGCGGUUCACGUGGGCCGCCCUCGGGCUCUCCUGCAAGAGCUCCGCCGGCGCCGUGGAGCAGAGCAUGGUCAAGGUGGCCAAACGGCCGGAGCUGCAUCCUACUAGAGAUGCUUAAGCUUGAUCGGCCGGCCUGUUCGUCUUCUCUUCUCGUAGUCUUCUGCUCUUGAUAUAUUUUUUAAGGUUAUGUGUGAAGCUUGAAUUAGCGAGGUUCUUUUCUUUUAUGUAUGGCGAGGGAAGAACCAUCUGUGAAAAGAUACAUAUUUGCAGUCUCUCAUCUUCCUCUUAGUUUCAGACUUUCAGAUUAUGCGAGUUCAUCAUGUCUGUUAUGUGAAAAAUUGUAUCUUCCUUUUUUUUUCUUUUCUUUUGUCACGGACGGAUUACCAUAGCUUCUGACAGCGAAUGCAUCCGUUUGUGCUUGACUGAGUGCCAUCUUGAUAAAGACAGAGUUUGACUCAGACUUUUAACCGUUGAA